AUGUCGACCCUCGAAGAGCUUGACGAUCUCGAUCGUCGCGACCAGCAGGAGGACAAGGAUAAGAAGGACGGAAACGACGGCAAGGGAAAUGGCGAGAAGAAGGAUUCCGCCGCCGACCGUGAUGGCGACGCCGAGAUGAAGGACGCCGAACCCGAUGAUGUCCUCGACGAGGAGAUUCUCAACCUCAGCACGCAAGACAUAUUGACGCGGAAGCGGCUCCUGGAGAAUGAUUCGAGGAUUAUGCGGAGCGAGCUUCAGCGGUUGACGCAUGAGAAGGCUACGAUGAACGAGAAGAUUAAGGAUAAUUUGGAUAAGAUUGCCAACAACAGGCAAUUACCGUACCUCGUCGGAAACGUAGUAGAGCUGCUCGACCUCGAUCCCACAGCCGAAUCGUCCGAGGAAGGAGCUAAUAUCGAUCUCGACGCCACGCGUGUCGGCAAGUCUGCAGUGAUAAAGACGUCAACGCGACAGACCAUCUUCCUGCCUCUCAUCGGUCUCGUCGACCCGGACAACCUGAAGCCCGGCGACCUAAUUGGUGUUAAUAAGGAUUCGUACCUCAUCCUCGACACGCUGCCAGCCGAGUAUGACAGCCGUGUCAAGGCUAUGGAGGUUGACGAAAAGCCAAAGGAGCAGUAUACCGACGUCGGCGGUCUAUCUAAGCAGAUUGACGAGCUGGUAGAGGCUAUCGUUUGGCCCAUGAAGGAGGCUGAGCGCUUCAAGGCCAUCGGUAUCAAGGCGCCAAAGGGAGCUCUAAUGUACGGGCCUCCUGGUACCGGCAAAACUCUUCUCGCCCGUGCCUGCGCCGCCCAGACCGACGCCACUUUCCUCAAGCUCGCCGGCCCCCAACUGGUGCAGAUGUUUAUCGGAGACGGUGCCAAGCUUGUCCGAGACUGUUUCGCCCUCGCCAAGGAGAAGGCGCCUUCGAUCAUCUUCAUCGACGAGCUGGACGCUGUCGGUACGAAGCGAUUCGACAGCGAGAAGAGUGGUGACCGAGAGGUUCAGCGAACCAUGUUGGAGCUCCUCAACCAGCUCGACGGUUUCGCCUCGGACGACCGUAUCAAGGUCCUCGCCGCGACGAACCGAGUGGACGUCCUCGAUCCCGCCCUGCUCCGAUCGGGUCGUCUGGAUCGCAAGAUCGAGUUCCCACUACCUAACGAGGAGGCUCGUGCUCAGAUUCUCAAGAUUCACUCGAGGAAGAUGCGCAUCGACGAGAGCAUCAACUGGGGCGAGUUGGCUCGUAGCACGGACGAGUUUGGUGGUGCUAUGCUCAAGGCCGUUUGUGUUGAGGCGGGUAUGAUUGCGUUGAGGAUGGGCAAGGAUAAGGUCAGCCACGAGCACUAUGUUGAUGCUAUUGCUGAGGUGCAAUCGAAGAAGAAGGAGACUGUCAAUUUCUAUGCCUAA